AUGCUCGCCUCUGCUGCUGUCCUCGCCCUCGUCGGCGCCGCCGCUGCCUCGCCCAUGGCCGUCGUCCCCAACUACCCUCCCACCAUGCAGUCCACCGGCUUCCGCCUCGUCGUCAACGUCACCGACAAGGCCCGCGACUUCACGCCCUCGAUCCAGAACCUCUACAUCAACACCAUCCACGUCGGCGCCGGCCUGAACCAGGUCGGCCUCGGCACCAAGGACAACAACCCGAGCAUCUGGUACCAGAACGGCACGGCCGCCGACUCCCGCUUCGGCGCCUCGACCCUCAUCACCGACCAGGGCACCCCGCUCUCGCCCUACGGCCUCUCGCUCGUCAAGAACGAGGGCUCCGCGACCUUGUCCACGGCCCGCGCCGACGGCGGCCUCGGGACCAAGGGCGUCGCCAUCUCCCACUUCCCCGAGGGCUACCGCUACCUCGUGCCCGAGACGUACGUCGUCUGCAACGAGUCCCUGGCCUACUACCAGGGCACGCACUUCCUCGUCCUGGAGCAGGCCGCCACCACCGUCAGCUCCACCGGCCAGAUCGAGAAGAACAUCCCCGAGGGCUGCGCUCCCGUCCGCCUGCUGCCCGAGUGCGCCACUCUCGAGUCCCUCCCUGCUGGCUCCUACUCGAGCCACGAGUUUGCCAUUGACACCGACUGCUACCCCGACGUUGCCUCCAUCAACUGGAGCCUGUACGGACCUUAGAUUGGAUGUCGUGCAAUGCGACUCUAAAGGGGGAUGGGGUUUUCUCUCUCCCCAUCAGCAUCAUCAACAACAACAACACGCGGAGCAUCUACUGGAGCUUGGUACGACUGGUUAACUUUGACUUGACUGAUUUGCAUUUCGAAGCGAUGGACAUGUUUACGGUGUUUUACUUUACAAUACUCGACAUCGCCCAGAGCGUAGGGGCGUAUAAAGUAAUGUUUUAA